AUGGCCGCCACUGAUGAUGAGGUAAAGACCACAUUGUCACUAAUUGAGAGCACGAAACUCCCACAUCCAUCAAAUCUAUUACUUAAAUCAUUUGUUUCCAACGCCCUUAACCCCGUGUUAGCCGCACGUUACGUGAAGUAUAGGUUGUUAGCCGGGGAUGCAUCUUCGUUAGUGGACGAUUGGUCUUAUAUUGUUGAGUCUAUUACUCAUAAUGGCAGUCCUCCAUCACGGCCUCAUAUCACCCAGCAGCAUACCAUCACUAAACGAGAUGGCGGAAAGUGUUGCAUAACUGGCAAGGCUGGCACUUUGCGAGAUCCUCUUAUCGUCGCGCCUAUUCUUCCAGUUCCAUCUGGUUGGGAUACAGACAAGGAUAAUAUAAAUGACAUGCUCGGUGCUUUCCUUGGGCUGUCUUGUCGGGAUUGGUGGCUAUCUUACAUUAGAAAUCCUAGAGGCAUGUUUCCUUAUUGCAAUCACUGGCUAGUCCGAAAGUCCGCAGCAGAGGCAUUUGCUUCGGGGCUUGUCAAGUUAAACAGGCUACUGCCAUCCAUGAUUGAGUAUGAGCUUAAACAAGUCUCCAUUGGACCAGAGGAACUAAUCGAGGUUGAUGGCGACUAUCCAUUGUUAGGUGAUCACUCGCGGUCGGGUCUCUCUAAGGUCGACUACCGCUUCAUCGACUCACAGGCUCGACUAUGUGAGAGCAUCCAACUUUUCAAUAUCUCCAAGAGACUUUCGCUGGAAACUAUAUCUCGAUCACCAAUUCAGUCAACUGGUCUUCUAGCAUGGCACCAAAGCAUAACGCAACGGAAUCGUUGGCGUCUUUCCAGUUUCUGCAUAGAUGCUUUCUUUACAGUCUGGCGGCUGGUUCCUUCAAAAGCCAGGAUAGCUUGUUAUAAAAUAUUACGAAAGCUUGCAAGACGCCUAUAUGGAAAUCUCGAUGACUACGCCGACGCCAAGAGAUUGCCGUUUGGGCUAUACCUGAGGUACAACGACGAAGCCGACAGUGCUCGUAACGAGUUCAAUGCGUUAGGGAUAGUUCGUCGACAUACUUCAAUCCCAGUUCCGAAGGCGGUUGAUAUCAUUUUCGAGCAAGGAGAUGUAGAUGACCCAUCCUCUAUUCCAGGAGCUUAUAUACUUACGACGAGAGUCCCUGGUUUGCCAAUAUUCCUUUGUCAAAAUGUUCUUUCGGACAGUGAUCUUGAACGAAUUGCACACCAGCUGAAGGACUAUGUAGCCCAACUAAGGGAUAUUCCCCGGCUGGCUAAAUCAGGCACGGUCGGAACUAUAUCCAACACUCUCGGAGAAGCGUGUAGGGAUUCCCGUAUUCGAGGUACAAACCCCGUUGGACCAUUCGCGGAUGAGGCAGCAUUUAAUCAGGUGUUGCGGUUCCCCGACGAUCCUGCUCGCCGUGGGCACAAAAUCGUGUUCACGCACACGAAUCUCAACCCGCGCAAUAUUUUAAUCGAUCAAACCGUACAAUUGGAUGGAAGUGUCGGCUGGAGCGUGACGGGGAUUAUAGAUUGGGAGUUUGCGGGAUAUUAUCCAGAAUAUUGGGAUUAUACAAAGUCGAUGUUCGAGGGAUUUAGAUGGUCGCUACGAUAUAAUAAUAUGGUGAAAGGUGUGUUUAGUGAGUUUAAGGAUUACUCCCAAGAAUUGGAUGUUGAGGUAAGGAGCUGGGAGUCGGGGGACGGCGACGGCGAUUAG